AUGACGGCAACAGCAGUUCGUACUUCUCAGGCUUUGGCCGAAUGGACGAGGGUGUUUCCACGGCACGUGACAGAAAGUUACACAAGCUCUGCGACGUUUAUGAAACAACUGGCUGUUAUCGCUUUUAGCACCAUUACGUAUCUGAAAAACGCAUUUCCUGAGGACAAUUACACGGAGGAUCAAUUCGGAGGGCUGAGAAUAAGGGUUCUUAAAAACAAAUGCACGGACGAUCUCGCACAAUUUCUCAUUACAACUAUGACCCACGCUUUUGAAGCUUUUGACAAGAAAUAUCUUCACCAAAUGGCGCUGUGUUUCUACGAUAACGAGUGCCAAUUGGAAAACCUGAUGGAGUACUAUAUCCUCGAAUUCAAGUACAUGGAAAAAGGCGUCUCGUUAAGCAUCAGCUCUAAGAGUCGAGGGCAGGAAGGUGGCUUGAAAUGCACCAUGAACGACAUAACGGAGCGAACAAUACAUUUGUUGAGAACUUGUAUGGUCAUGAUGUCCAUGAACAACCAGCAGUUGCCUGAAACCUAUCACAUUAGCCUACGGCUUUACUAUAACGAAGACGCCCCAGAAGGCUACCAAGCGCCAGGCUUCGUAGCGGCACGUCAAUCAGACGACCCGAUUGGCACGACCUUCGACCAGACCGUCAAAUUUGGUUGGGUGCAAACCCCAUUCCACGCUUUGUCUGCUCGCACGUAUAAUAAGGAAAAGAUUGAAGCCAGUUGUGAAGUUAUUCCAUCCCAAAACCCACCAAUAUUGACGCAGGCCGCGGAUGAAGAACUGGGUUCCGAUCGAUCAUCAUCAACAGCCCGCGUCUGCUGCUCGUGCAAAUGCAUUGACUACGAUGACCAUAUGCUCACUUGCCAAUACUGUAAAACUCAGCAACACGCAGUCUGCUACGGAUUGGCUGGAACUGUUGCCACGCGAAUCUCGCGGCACUGCUGCGUGGACUGCGCCGCAGCUGAUGCUUCCAGGCAACCGACUGACGCCAGCCUAGCUACAGCACAGAAUAAAGCGUGCUACGCCAUUUUUCGGCGCGCAUUGGCCUUGUGCGCCCGCGCAGAAGACAUGUCCGCGCGCGAGCUGAGCCGCCUCCUCGGCCUCAACGCCGCCAACGCCGGCAAACUGCUCAAGGUGCUGCACGGCCAAGGCGUCCUGCGGCAAGAACCUCGGGCGGAAGUAGCGACACCGAUAAAAAUUCACCACAACCGACUUAAAGUGGUGAUGAAGGAAUAUAUCCGUAUCGAUGACGAGGACAUUGUCAAUCGCCUUGUAGAAGAAACGUUCGCUUCCCAAGAACCAUCCGACCCGGUAGGCGAUGUACUUAGUCCUUUGGAAAAAGUCAGUCUCCACAGCGCCUCCAAUAUUAGUCGGGUUAUUGACCCCGACGUUAAUAACAACAAUGCUGAAGAUCCUACUUUAAAACAAUACCGAGAAGCUUUAGUCAUGGAGAAGUUAGACGAUUUGCCGUUCGUGAAUUCUCAGGAAUCCUUAAAAGAGUUUGAAACUAAGGCUACGAAAAGAAAGGCUGAAGGUAAAAAGAAUGGAAAAGCUGGAGUUCAAACUAAAAAAGCGAGGAGCAACCGCAAAUCUGCAGAAAAUUCAAAUACAAAAUAAGUUUUUGAACUUAAAUGAUUUAUUUAAUUCUUAAGUAAUAAUAUUUA